GGAGGAGGACCAGGAAUACACUCAUGUUCCUCGAGCUCUAGAAAAAACACCUUCAACUCCAUUGUUAAAACUCAACAAUUAAAACAGGCUAGGGGGGAAAAACAAGAAGACAAAAGCGGCGUCUGUAAUUUUUACGCACCAAUCGUGUAGAAACCAAUAAGGGAAUACAAAGGGACAGACAGAUUCAGUCAAUACUUCAAUACUGUUAUGAAGCGAGAAUGAGUAGUGCAGAAGACAGCGGGAGCAAGUGCUCGUCGGGCCCGAUUUCCAGCUUUACUAUCCAGUCUAUUUUAGGCACGCCGUCCGAUGCGCCGCGCUCCGGGACCAAAGAGCUCUCAAAGGGGCCGCCGCCACCGCCGCCGCCGCGGAGACGCUCACUGUCGGUGUCCUCCGAGGAGGAGUGCAGCGGCGGGGAGGACUCAGCAGACUGCUUCUGCUCCGACACGGGUCACAGCGAGCCGUGCACCCAGCACCAAGCCCACAACUUCUCAUGUUUAGGUGCCGAUAAGGGACUUCUGUCCGGAAACGACGGGCUCGCACGGCGGCCGCACCUGCCGCAGCCUCUGCUGCAGGAUUAUAAGGAGGAGCGGGAGAGACCGUGCCAUCAGAUGUCCCCUCUGUCGGAGGAGAGACAGACGGACGGUGCGGACAAGCAGGGCAACUCAGCCAAAAAGAAGACGCGCACCGUUUUCUCUCGGAGUCAGGUGUACCAGCUGGAGUCCACGUUCGACAUGAAGCGCUACCUGAGCAGCUCGGAGCGGGCCUGCUUAGCCUCCAGCCUGCAGCUGACGGAGACUCAGGUCAAGACGUGGUUUCAGAACAGGAGGAACAAAUGGAAACGGCAGCUAUCAGCAGAACUGGAGGCGGCGAACAUGGCCCACGCCUCCGCACAGACACUAGUGGGGAUGCCGCUGGUUUUCAGAGAUAACUCCUUACUGCGCGUCCCAGUUCCCCGGUCUAUCGCCUUCCCGACGCCGCUGUAUUACCCGGGGAGCAACCUGCCAGCGUUACCUUUAUACAACCUGUAUAACAAGAUUGAUUACUGAUUGACUCUGCUCUAUGUUCACCACUGCAGUCCACGUAAAAAAAAAAAAAGAAAAAGAAAAAAAAACGCAUUACAAAAACAAACCCAUACGUGUCUCCACAUAACCGCUGUAUAUUAAUUGUAUCAUCUUAUUUGUUGAGGAAAUUCUUAUUAUGCAGCAACUGUACGUCUCACGAGAAAGCAAUCAAGCUUCCCUAAAUGUAUAAAAUACACCAUGUGUAUAAUUAAUUCUAAUAAUUUUUGUACGUUUAUUUUCCUUCUCCUCUCCCUUGACUGAUGGAAUAAAGGAGUUUAGCGUCCAUAUCACAUUCAAGUAAAACUGAGUCCAGAAAUGAAAUGCUUUUACACUGUUUUUAUUGAUAACUGGUUUGGCAAGCAUAUUCCAAAGCAUCAGUCAUUUUGUUUUACCUGACAGGAAGAACAUAGGCUAAAUAUUCCAUUUAUGGGAAAAUAUCAUUGUUUCUAUUGUAAAUUUAGACCUUCAAUAAUAAGCUUCUCAUUCAAUAAAUUUUCUAUUUCAGUGAAAAUUUGGCUUGCUUGGUUUUAUUUUAUGUACUACUUUUGCACGCUUAAAUUUGUAAAGUUAACUAUAGACACUGUUUAAUUUUUUCAGAAGGCAAACACAA